CUCCCAGAACCCUCAAUGUCAUGAUAUGCGACGAGGAGGAAGUUGCGGAAGAGGACCCCGACGCUGAAGACUCAGAGAUUUUGGAGACUGGGGCGGAACCCCAACUGUCGGCCUUGUCUCUAAACGGCUUAGACACGGCGAAUACGAUGAAACUUUUUGGGGAAAUCGCAUCACAACAAGUAAAAGUAAUGAUCGACAGCGGCGCCAACUAUUGCUUCAUAUCCGAGGAGUGCGCACGGCGACUCGAACUACAGAUUACCCCGACCUCGCCCUAUUCGGUGGUACUAGGCGACGGCUCCACACGUCGGGCAGCCGGGAUGUGUAGGACCGUGCCACUUAUAUUGGGGAACGAGGAGUUUGUGGUGGCGUGCUACGUGUUUCCCCUCCGGAACAUCAACGUCAUUCUAGGGGUCGCUUGGCUCGCAUCCCUCGGCUACGUCAUGGCUAAUUGGCAGCGGUCAUCCAUGGAUUUCAAGGUCAACGGUCGGCCGGUCUCACUCAGGGGAGACCCGUCCCUCAUGCGCCGAGCAUGCUCCACCAGCGACCUUCGCCGCCUCGAGGACGGGGACUGUUGCUGGGUCCUCCACGCCCUUGAGAAGGACACCGCGGCCGAGCCUUUCGGGUUCGAUCCGGCACUGCCAACCGCAGCCAAGUCGCACCUUCUGAGGCUGGUUGAGGAGUUUCCGGCAAUGACGAGGGAAACCGUCGGGUUACCCCCCCGCCGCCGGACGGACCACAGGAUCCCACUUCUUCCCGGCACCGACCCCGUCUCGGUAAGGCCCUAUCGAUACAACCACUUGCAGAAAGAUGAGAUGGAAAAGCUCAUCGCCGAGAUGUUAAGUUCCGGGGUAAUUCAACCCAGCACUAGCCCUUUUUCGAGCCCGGUACUCCUGGUACGCAAGAAAGGCGGCUCAUGGAGGUUUUGCGUCGACUACAUGGAGCUCAACAAAAGAACAGUCCCGGACAAAUAUCCUAUCCUGGUGAUCCAGGAACUGCUAGACGAGUUGCACGGCGCCAAGUGGUUCAGCAAAAUCGAUCUGAAAGCAGGGUACCACCAAAUUCGGGUGGCCAGCAGGGACGUUCCGAAGACGGCAUUCCGAACCAACUCCGGCCACUACGAGUUCCUGGUCAUGCCUUUCGGCCUCACCAACGCGCCCGCCACGUUCCAGAGCCUAAUGAACGACAUCUUCCGCCCGGCCCUUCGGAAGUUUGUUUUGGUAUUUUUCGACGACAUUCUCGUCUACAGCACGUCGUGGGAUGAUCAUGUGCGCCAUCUCCGCCGAGUCUUCAAGGUACUUAACGCCCAUGCACUCGUGAUCAACGCGAAGAAAUGUCUUCUGGGUCGCUCCAGCGUCGAGUAUCUCGGCCACAUUGUGUCGUUCGACGGCGUUAGAAUGGACCCGGCCAAAAUUUCGGCGGUCCUCCGUUGGCCGACGCCGACGUCCCUAAAAAGCAUCCGCGGGUUCCUAGGGUUGACGGGGUACUACCGCCGCUUCAUCAAGGACUACUGCAAGAUUGCCGCCCCAUUGACGGAGCUCUUGAAAAAGCCCCUCGUCACCCAAUCUAAGGUUGCAUGGGAUUGGCCGGCGGCGGCAGCCGCUGCCUUCGACACCCUCAAAUCGGCACUGACAUCGGCACCACUGCUCCGGAUGCCGGAUUUUACAAAGGAGUUCGUCAGAGUGCGAUGCUUCGGGGCGGGGCCUCGGUGCUGUUCUAAUACAGGACCGCCAGCCGGUGGCAUACUUCAGCAAGACACUGUCCUCUCGUUGGUUGGCCAAGUCGGCGUACGAGAAGGAGCUCAUGGGCCUCGUCCUCGCGAUUCAUCAUUGGCGUCCCUACUUGUUGGGCCGGGGAUUCGUCGUGCACACGGAUCAGAGAAGUCUGCGCCAGCUCCUGGCCCACCCCCUGGCCACCCUGGUACAACAAAACUGGGCGGCAAAACUGCUGGGCUAUGAUUUCGCCAUCGUAUACAAGGAGGGCAGGUUGAAUCGGGCAGCCGAUGCGCUGUCCCGGCGAGACGAGAACACACCGGAGCUCGCGGCGAUUUCCAUUCCGUCUUGGCCAGACUGGUCCUCGGUCCAGGAGACCCUCUCGGCCGACCCAUCUUUGGCAAAAAUCAAGACCGCUCUGGAGGCCGGCCACCGCACUUCCCCACACUACGAGCUCAUCCAUGGGACCCUAUUCUAUAAAGGGAUGAUAGUCGUGCCACCCCAUUCUCCGUGGAUCCCGAGACUCCUGGCCGAAUUCCAUGUCACACCCACCGGGGGGCACUCGGGAGCCUACCGCACAUACCGACGGAUCGCGUCAAACGUUUACUGGCCCGGGAUGAUUAAGCACGUCACGAAUUUUGUAGCGGCUUGCACAACGUGUCAGAGGCACAAGGCAGACACCAAGUCCCCGGCCGGCCUCCUCCAGCCCCUGGCAAUACCGAGCCGCGUGUGGGAAGACAUCUGCAUGGAUUUCGUCUCGGGGCUGCCGAGAGCUGGGGGUCUGGACUGCGUGUUUGUAGUCGUCGACCGUCUGUCCAAAUACGCCCACUUUAUCGGCCUUCGACACCCGUUCACAGCCCGGCAGGUCGCGGAUGUUUUUACCGGCGAGGUGGUUCGUCUCCACGGCAUUCCCCGGUCCAUCGUGUCGGAUCGCGACCCCAUUUUCCUCAGCUCUUUCUGGAAAGAGCUAUUUCGGGCCACGGGCACUACCCUCAAGAUGAGUUCCGCCUAUCACCCCGAAACCGAUGGCCAAACAGAGGUGCUAAAUCGGUGCCUACAGACAUACUUGCGCUAUUUUUCCUCCGACCGGCCGAAGCAGUGGAACAAGUGGCUCCCAUGGGCGGAGUACUGCUAUAACACGAGCGCCCAUUCUGCUUCGGGCAUGACUCCGUUUGAAAUAGUUUACGGUCGUCCCCCGCCCACGUUGCACGCCUUCUUGCCAGGGGAGGUCCGGGCCCAGUCCGUUUUGGACUCUCUACGCUCCCGUGACGAGAUGCUGGAGCUGCUGCGGCACCACCUGCGUCGAGCCCAGGACCGCAUGGUGGCCUCCGCGAACAAGCGACGUCGGGAUGUCGAAUACUGCGUGGGCGAUAUGGUCUACCUACGGUUCCGACCCCACCGGCAGUCCUCGCUGUUCACGACCUGAAACAGGAAACUCGCCCCCCAAUUUUUUGGGCCUUUUAAAAUCGAGGCGCGUAUUGGGGCAACGACGUAUCGGCUGCAGCUUCCCGACUCAGCCCGCAUACACCCGGUGUUCCACGUCUCCCUCCUCAAACGGGCCGUGGGAGACGCACCUGUGGAAACCACGCUACCCGACAGCCUAGUCGAUGCCGCGCCCCCUUUCCUUCCGGACAAGGUGCUGGCACGCCGAACUGAGCGCCGAGAUGACGAUACCGUCGACCAGGUCCUCAUUGGGUGGGUCGGCCUGGGGGAUGACGAGGCAACUUGGAUGACGAGGCGGACGUCCGCGGCCAGUUUCCUUUCUUCAGCCUUGCGGACAAGGCUGUUCCGACGGGCGGGUCAAUUGAUACGGUCAGCGGCCUGGGCGGUUGGAAGGUAUACACACGCCGCAAUAAGGGGAAGGACGUUGGAGGUGGCGAGGAAAAGAAGGGAGCCGGUGCAAGGGGUUGAAGAAGUCAGCCGCCAGCUCAUUUAUGUUUCAGCUGCUUUCCUAUUCUCAUGCACGGCUGUUUCAGCUGCUUUCCUUUUCUCAUGCAUUCCUAGAUUUAUGCUUUUAGUUAAGUUCCGCUUAGUAUAAAUAAAGGUAAUUAGGAAGCUCUUUUUAUCUUGGAUAGAUCAUUUGUAAUUGGACGACUGAAGUCGUAGGCCUCUGUGGAGGAGUGUUCUCUCUUAUUAUUUCAGCAAUCCAAGUGAUCGAUUCCUUCAUUAUUACCCAUACAAUUUACAUAUCGAAACAAGAGCAUAUCUCAUGCUCUCUCUCCUCUCCCCUCGCCUUUCACUCCUAUCAUCCGCCUCGGCAACCGCAACCAUUUCUUCUCCAUGGAGGUUCUCUGCGAGGUGUUUCAAUGCUACAACCUCAACUCCGGGGAAGAAGUAGAGUACAACUACUCUGAUGUUUGGGGUGCCAUGACUAUCGAGGGGGGGACUUUAUCCCGGCUUAUGCCAAGUCUUCCUCCAUCUGCAACCCCGUCCUUAGGUACCUCCACCGAGCUAUGACUCAAUUUAUGUUUGCUCAGACCGACGGUGGAGGCGUCUCCCAAACUGAGUUGGAUGUGAUGUGGAGUCUCCUCAACAAGAAUGAGAUCAACUUUGGGAUCCUUUUCACCAUCUAUGUCGACCGCAUCUCGAAUAAGGACAGGAGCACCAUAUGUUGCGGGGGCUUAAUCACGGCGAUUGCAACACCUCGGUAUCCCGACCACGGAAUUCACUCCGGACAUGGGUGAGAUAUACAUUCAAGAGAGGGAUUUUGCACGUGUGUCGUGUGCAUGUGUCCCUCAUUUCAACAAGAUUUAUAGUUUCCAUCUUUUGCAACAAAUAUUACUAAGUAUACGCGGCAAGAGCGGGGUCGAACCACAGAGACCAUGGACCUACUCGAGAUUGUUUCUACGACACAGGUUUGGUGUUAGCCACCACGCCUUGAGCACUUGAGCAUGGACUUAAACACUAAAGUGGGAAACUUAAACUUUAAGCAUGAAAACUAAUUUUGAGAGCUUAAGCUAAUCUAACUAAGGGAGCAUGGAAGAGGAUUUUGAAAGCUUCAAGAGAAAAUAGGGAGAAUGGGACAGAGACUUGGUAUGGAAAUUUCUAAACUAAGAGCAACUUGAAACAAACAUUUGCUUGAAAUCAUUUCAGAAACAAGAGUAAAAGCAUCAUCAACAUGAAAAUAAACCAAAGCUUCUUAAAACUGGAAAUAAACCGAAAUCCAACGGCGGAGUCGUCAAUUCUUCCGUUGAAACCAUUUAAUCUAACUAGAAAGCAAGGUGUGAAGGGGCUUCUAAGAUGGAGGCGUCAAUUCCACCGUUGAAACGGCCAACACACUGUAAAUAUACACUAAAGUCUUGAAAACAUGAAAUGAAAUGUAAUCCCGACGUCGGAGUUGUCAAUUCCUCCAUUGAAACUACAGAGCUAUGCGAAAAGCAUCCAAGAAACAUGAGUAUAUAAUAUCAUCAACAUGAAAAUAAACCAAAGCUUCAUAAAACUAGAAAUAAACCAAGAUCCAGCGGCGGAGUCGUCAAUUCCUCCGAUGAAACUUUGGAUCUAACUACAGCGUCUCAAAAGCGGUAAAGAAAGGAAGGAUCCAACAUCGGAGUCGUCAAUUCCUCUGCCGAAACCAUUAAAUCUAACUAGAAAGCGAGAUGGUGAAGGAGCUUCUAAGAUGGGGGUGUCAAUUCCACCGUUGAAGCGACCAUCACACUGUAAAUCUACACUAAAGUUUUGAAAACAUGAAAUAAAACGUAAUCCCGACGUCGGAGUUGUCAAUUCCUCUGUCGACACCGCAGAACUAAGCUAAGAAAGUAGUAAAAUAUCUAACUAAACUAAACUAAGCUAAGAGAGCUUCCUAACUAAACUACGGUAGCGUUAAGCGUCGUUUCUUUAUUGUGAAAAGCUUCUAUUUAUAGCGCAGCUUCAACUUCAACCCUAAGGCAACUUCUCAUUCGAUUUGACCAUUUUACCCUUGCAGAAAUUUAGGAUGAUCCAACAGAUACGCCUUCAUGUGGUGAGGUCCUCUUGAUCAUGGUGAGCUCUUCUUGAUCAACUCAAUCAUCUCAUGUCUUCUGGUGGUGAGCUUCUCUUGAUCAGUUUGCACCAUCUACUUGAUCCAGCUUGAUCAAUUAGCAUGGCUGCCUGGCAUUGUCAUCCCAACUAGGCCCUCUUGAUCAACUUGCGCCAUCUACUUGAUCCAGCUUGAUCAAUUAGCAUGGCUGCCUGGCAUGGUCACUUCAUCCUCACUCACUUGAUCAGUUUGCUCCAUUUUUUUGGUCAUUUUCCCCUUCUGCGCUCACUUGAUCAAGGCACACCUACUGCUUGGUCAACUUGACAAUAUGCACACUACAAACUCACUUUUCUGCUUUGAUCUUUCCUCAUACAGCUUGUCAUGUUAGUACGCCAUUUUGUCUCCUUGAUCUGUUUGGCGACUUUUUCUGCAAUUUUGCUCCAUUGUUGCUCAAUCUGAAUCUGCUCAGUCAGUUUGUACUAUCUACUUGAUCUAGCAGAUACAUGCACACAGUUAAGCUCACAAUUUGUGCAUUAUCUCUUCCAAAAGCAUAUAAUAUCACCCAAAAUCAAUACAUGAAACCAGCCUUAUCAAAUUGCUCACACUUAAACCAUACUUGUCCUCAAGUAUGAAAGAUAACAUAAAACAAAUAAGGCAGUUUUCAAUGCAUGGUUCCCAUAUGACCAACACUGAAAGACUAAAAAAAAUUGGUUUUAGACUCAACUAGACUCAAACAAAAAUAAGGCUCAAAAACAAAAGCACACAGAAAGAAAAGAAAACAUGUAUAAGCAUAAAAAGGCUUAACUUCUAGCAACCCUCCCCACAAGCUUAAGAUCAUUCCAAUUGUCUGCAGUCUCAGAUUCCUCCACCUCCCUUCUUCUAUUUGGUCAGUUUGUCAGUUUGUCAAGAUAGCCCUUAUUCUAGCCAACUGUUGGAUUCACUCGGUCACUCAUUCUUCACCAUAAAUGUUUGGACCAUUCACUCAUUCAUUUUUCCAUACCACUGAUGCUUUGAGUUCUACCGAUACAAGAUAGUUCCUUAAGGUCUUCCUUUUCGAUUAUAACGGGGCUGGGGGGUUAUAAUGUAUAGGGUUAGAAUCCUAGGGGUCCUAAGUUCAAAAGAUGUGAAAUAAAAACAAUAAUAUAUAUGAGAGCAUGUGAACUUAGGGACAAAAUUUGGAACAACCUCCCUACUUUGAUUCUGUGUUAACUUUCCAAAAUUGGAGAUACCCUGGUCAUUCUGGCCUUAUUUUCCUAUCUCUUUUUUUUUCUAUUGGGGCAGAUUACAACUUUUUUUCUGCCCUUUUUCUUUUCCUUUUUUUCUCUCUCUCUCUCUAUAUAUAUUUUGGAAAACAAUGUACAUUUUAUUUCUUUCUUUUCACUCUCUCUUUUUCUCUAUUCUUUUUUUUCUAUAUGCCCAGUCGACCCACUUUUUUUUCUUUACUGCUCUAACCUGUCUCUUUCUACCCCAUCUGGUGAGUUAUUCCACUUUUAUCCCUCUACUCACAUGUUUUAAGAAUGUGGCAUGUGGUUUUAGCUUCAACGAAUAGGAAAACUGUUUAGGCUCAAGCUUGGCUUACUAGGGGGUGCCCUUACAACGAGGCUGGUUCAAUAAGUUCGAAAGAAUUAAGCUCAAAGUGGGUAUACUUAUUGUCUUUAGUCCUCACUACCUCAUGUCAUUCUCCCUCUUAGCAUCAUGUGGCAACCUCUCUAUUUUUUCCUGUUUAGUGUAGUAGAAAGUAUUCUACUCUAGGCUUAUAACUCACAUUUUAGAGGGCUUCACAGUUGGCUUAAAUUAAGGCUCUUCCAUCGUCCUCACUUCGUCCAAAAUGACUUCAAUUUAUUAAGGGAGGGUUAUCACACAUCAACAUGCAUUCUUUCUUCACUCACUCUCACUAAGGGGAUCAUGCUUUUCAUUUUUGCCAGAUUAUAUACAAACACAAAGGUCCUAAAAGGAACUGGCAUCUAAUUCCCAACUGACUCAACAGACUAACAUAUAUAUAAACCUAUACUAACAUACCAAAUAUAUAUAUACAACAUUUAACACAUAUUAACACUAACUAUACUAAUUUCCCUCCCUCCCACUUCAUUUUGGCUCGCCCUCAAGCUUGCUUGAUGAAGUGGAAAACAGGGUGAUUAGUGUUAAACAUAGAAGAAACAUGAAAACCAAAACACAAAACAGGAGAACACAAACUUCUCACACUUAGACCAUGCAAUGGGCUAAGUGGGAGAAGACUAAACAAACAUAUACCAACAUAUAAAAACAAACAUCAUAUAUUCACAAGAACUUCUCACACUUAGACCAAGCAAUUGGCUAAGUGGGAGAACACUCAAUAAACAGAAACUUAACAGAAAAGAAAACAUGUUAUAUCAACAAAAACUUCUCACACUUAGACUAUGCAAUAGUCUAAGUGGGAGAUAGUUCACACAAACACAACAAACUAAAACAUAUAACAUACAUGUACAUAUGCAAACUGCCUCCUUCUCACACUGGGUUCCAACUCACCCGAAGGUUAGAGUUGGGCCAAGUGGUAUUAAGAGAAGGCUGAGCUUGCUACGAUCCUACAUAAAAUACUGAAACUAAAAAAAAUUAAAAACUGAAAAUGAAAUUACUUGGUCAUUGAUGGGGUGGGGUCACUUCCUCUGUUGAUCCCUCGUGGAGUCAGCGGCUCUAGAGUAUGAUUCAUCUCUUCCAAGCAGUCUUCUGCUGCCCACGCCUUGUGUUGUGGAUGGAGAAGCACCUUGCCGCCGCAGGCUCUUUUUUUUAAGAAAACCUUUGAAAUAAACUUAAUUAGAAUGUGGGAUUUACAAAAACUUCAAAUUUUUUUGUAUUUUUCCAAUUUUUAAAAUAUUUUUUUUGGAUUUUCUAAGAAAAAAAUUCAAAAGAAAUAAAAAUCGACUAAAAGAAUUUACAAAAAGAGCUUAUAAAGUAUCCAAGGACUAUAUAAAUGCAACCAAUAAACAAAAGAUGGAGAUAACAAGAAAACUCCCUGAACUUGUUCACCCUCUAAGCUUCUUUGAGCCACAUGUGAUUGUAGAGCUUUCCUUCUUCACUCCAGCCAUGGUCUUUUCAACUUUGGGAACACCUUGGAUAAGAAUUCCUGCCUAAAACAAAGAAAACGAUCAAAAACAGAAAAUAAAAAACGAAAGCUAUUCACAGUGUCCAUCCGUACUCCCUACUUAAAUGGCGGCAAGAUUUAACUUUUAGGCAGUUUAGCUCUCCAAAUAUUAUGAAUAGUGUAACUAAGUUUUAAAUAUAUUAUAAUACUCCCUCCGUCCCCCAUAAUUUAUCACUAUUUGAGCUGGCACGGGUUUUAAGAAAUGUAAUAGAAAGUGGGUUAAAAAAGUUAGUAGCAUGUGAGUCCAACUUUUAUAUAUUAGUUUUAUAAUAAAAUGUGAGUGAAAUGAGUUAGUGGAAUAUGGGGUCCACUACCAAAAAUGGUAAAAGUGAAAGGUGACAAAUUUUUAGGGACGGACGGAAAUAGAAAUAAGUGACAAAUUUUCAAGGACGGAGGGAUGUGAUCGAAUGCAAACCAUAUAUCUAAUACAAAAUCAAAACUUUAAUCCUAGCCAUUAAUUAUAACAGAUCUGUGGUUAAUAUUGUGUAGCAUUUCUAUCUCAACAAGAGCAUGUAUUUUGUCAAUAGAGGGUAUUUUUGUAGGUUAAGUUUUUGAACGUUUAUGUGUUCCUAAUUUCUCAUCCACCUUCCAAAACUGAAAUUAUUCACAUCUUUGGAAGCAUUUUAGCACCACUGUAAUUGAAGUCAAAACUUUAUUUUGAAGACUUAAAUUGAUUUCUCUUUUGUCGGUGUAUUCAAGAAUUUAUUUUAUGACUGUACAGUCACCUGCGUAAUAUUAUCCAGUUAAAUCUCAUAUUUCAUAAAAUCAAUUCCGACGUAUUCUGUAUCACAAUGGUUUUUUAUUGUAUGGAGGGUUCUAACGUUUAUAAAGGUAAUUUCAUGGUAAUGAGAAUUAUAGGUUAAUCAUAAUGCCGCAAAAGAUUUUUUAUUUUUCAUUUCCAGAUUCAUGUUUUCCAUAUGUCGAAGAUUGACACAUUCGUGAUUCAUAAUUUCCAUACGUUGAAGAUUGACACAUUCGUGAUUCGUGAUUUCCAUAUUUUAAAGAUUUUUCAUUUCCAAAUUUGUGAUUUUCAGAUUCUUAGGAUGUAGAUGUUUGUAUGUUGAGUCGAUUGCGAAUACAAUUUGUUAUUCAGAUUGUGUGUGUUUUUCCGCUGAACCUGAGUUGAAAUUAUUGGAAUUUUUGUUGAUAUGUCAUAUCACAUGGCUGAUCCUAUGUUGACAUUUGUAAGCUAUGGUUGAUUCUACGUUGCAAUUCUAUUGACAUUUUUGUUGAUUCUAUAUUGAUAUAUAGAAUCAGGUUCUAUUGAUAUAUAGCACAAGGGAAAUGUGGUCGUGACAGGAAGAAGGUCUGCAACAAAUUGAUCCCAAUUGCGGUGUGUAGUACGAGAGUCGUUGAUUCACACACCUAGUUGGGCCACUUCAUGUCAAGCCAAAGACAUAAAACAUAGGCGCUUGUUGGGAGGCAACCCCAACUUGUUUUUGAUUUUUUUUCAUUUUCCUUGUGGUCAUUGUCUGCUGUCCACGUGUGCAGGAACAGGUCGAGCCCUAGGGCGGGCUGCAGCGGUCGCGGUGCGAGCCGCAGCGUCCUGAUGGAGAUGUGCCGUUUUUAGAGUAUCGACAGCGGUCACUGCGCAAGAGUCAGUGACGCGAAACAGCCUACGUAAGGUAAGUGUGAAGUCUGCCAUAUUCAAAGAAUGAACGGAUCAGUUGGGCGGACGAACAGACCAAGGAAUGAAGUAAAAAAUUGCAGUGCUAUGUUGAUCAAUUUAGGAUUAAGCGGAGCCAGCAGGAGUUUCCCACGUAGAAGAUGGAGCUAAAGAUCCCACCCCAAAAAGCCAAGGGCAAGAAUGAAAUUUCGAGAGGACGGUACCCUAGGGAUCAGAGCUCUACGCCUCUCUACAAAUAGAAAGCCAAGUGCGAGUAGGAAGGGGGACACAUACGCAUACAGAAAAAUAUUUAGGAAUUCAACUUUCUUCUAGGGCUGAAAUGGUAGAUCAUUUUACUUCAUAUUCCUGAUUUCCGUCACGCACACACUUGGGUUUUGGUUUCUAGUUUAGUUUGGGUGGUAGUUUUAUCAAACUUGAAGUUGUGUAACACAGUUUUGGUUUUGGUUGUUUGUUGCUUAUCGACUUGGUAGUUUUUGGAGGAUUUUGAAGUUAUUAAUUCAGUCUUAUUCGGCGUA